CAACACUGUAUGAUAGACAAACGUAUGAUAUCUAACAACUAUAAAGAAGUAUUUUAAUAUUUUAAAGGUAUAUACAAUGUAUGAACCAAUAAUAUUAAAAAAGAGACAAAUUCGAGCUCUUACUGGAACUCCGGCUGCUAAAGUGUUUGUAAUUACAAGCUUGUUACAAAUUUUGAUUCCUGUUUUAUACUUCAAUCACCUUGGUGAUUGUGUUGUAAAGAAGAAGAAACUUAUUUUUGAACUUGAAGAAGGUUAUAGAAAUAAAGAAAAGACCUUAUAUGACGAAUAUUCUGAAACACGGGAUUACUGGGAUAAUCCAAUAUUUAAUAACAUUGUUUUAGAUGUGUUUGAGAAAAAAUCUUUGAAUGCAGUUGAAGGCAAUAAUUAAUUAGUUCAUAUAUCGAAAUAUUUUACAAGAAAGCUUAUUAGCAAUUUUCAUUUUGUAGUAUUUAAAUCAUGUAAUAUUUAAUAAAAUAUUUAAUCAUAUAAAAGCAUGCCUAAAAAUAUAAAGUUUAUUUUAUGUCAUUUUUAAGAAACAUAUGAAAUGGAUGAACAUCUUGAAGGGAAUAAACUUUUACAUACAUCGGGUUUAAAUGAAGAUGAUAGUUUAUUAGAUUUUAAAAGCCCAAAACAAUCAUCAAAACAAAAAUCAAUUGAAUUUAAUCAUUGCAACAUAUAUCAAAAGAAACGUACAGUUACAAAAUUAAAAAAUGUUAAAAGUCACAAAGGAGAAAAGCAUAAACAACAAUCGGAGAAAAAAAGAAAUGUGCAAGACUCACAGCCUUCAAUAGAAUCGUCAUUUUUUAAAUCUAAAGCUAACUGUCAUGAUACAAAUUCUACUACUGAUGCAAAAUUGGCUCUUGUAUGCCCUUUAUGUUUUAAAAUAUUUAAAGAUCUUAAUUCUCAUGCAUCACAUAUGAAAAUUUGUGCAUAUAAAAAUAAUAUUUCUACAAAAAAAUUAUUAAAUGCUAUAGAACUUCAAAAGCGACAAGAGAAUGAAAGAAAAUCAUUAGGUUUACCUGCUGCACCUAUAGUACAAGCUAAAAAAAAACCUACCUCUUCUAGGAAAAACUUAUAUGAAGAAACUGAUCUUCAACUUGCAUUGGCAUUAUCAAAAUCAGAAGCAGAGUAUCAAGAAGAAGUAGAAGAAUUAGAUAAAAUUAAUGAAAUUGAAAGUUUACCUAAAAUAUUAAAUCAAUUUGUAUCAGAAACAAGUAAAUCAGUUCAUGUAGGCCAGUUGGAAAAAUUUGGAUUUGCAAAUAAUAAACCUCCAUCAUUAAUAAAGAAUAAAAAGAAAAUUUUAAUGAGAAAUGAAAUUACUCAAAAUCAAAAUCGAAAAAUUAAAUGUAAUCGUGUAAUUCAAAAGAAGAAUGAUCUAAAAAGCCAUUUUCUUCAGAAAUUUUGUAACAAGGAAGAAAAAUUGUGGAGUAAAGCUAAAUUGUUAUCGAAUCAAAAAUAUUUUUAUGUAUCAAAUUUAUCAAAUUAUAUAACUUCAGAAGAAAAACAAAUGAACCAAGAAAUAAUCUUAGAUUUCGCAAAUACAUGUGAAAUUUAUGAUAUGAAAUUAAGUCAAUAUAAAACAGGAAUCCACAAUAAUAAAGAACGCGAUGAAGUAUCGCAUACAGAAGCACGAUUUGUAAAUGAAAAAUGCGAAAAUUAUCAAAAUAUACAAUUUAUUGAUGCUAUAAUAACAAACUGGGGCAAUGCGUUAAAUGAUAGCUCUGCAAGUGACAUAAUAAUAUUUGUAAACAAUGAUAAACAUAUUUGGGCACAUAAAUUAAUUUUUCAUGUACAAUGUCCAAAUAUAUUACUUGAUAUAACACCUAAUGAUACUUUAUUAUUUACUAAAAUUAAAGAAAAAAUUUCUUGGACAGAUAUAUCUUAUAAUAUUGCUUUAGCAUUUUUGGAAUUUAUUUAUUGUGGAAUUAUAAAAAAAUAUUUAAAUGUUUUGGAUAAUUUAAUAAGUUUUUCACUUUUAAGAAAUUUAGCAAGAAGAUAUAAAAUAAAGAAAUUAUUUAUUUUCCUGGAAAAGAAAGAGAUUGAAAUUAAACAAAUAGGAAGUCACAUGCAUAGUAAACAAGACAGAGAACUAAUUUCUGAGGAAAAAAAUAACUUAGAAGUAAUUAAUAAUAAUGUAGAAAAUUUAAUUUAUGGUGUCAAAGAUUCCAAGUUGAUUGAUGAUAAAAAAUUAAAUAAAAAACAUUUAAAUAAAAGCAAUAUGGAUAAAUCACAAUUUACUGAAACAGAAUUGAAAAAAAAUAUGUGUACAGAUGAAUUAUUGCAAGAAGAAAUUAAUUAUUUUAAUGAUACAAAUGCUAUUCGAAAUAAUAUAUCUCCUGAUUUAUUUGAUGAUGUUAAUGAUACAAAACAGAUUGAAGAAAUAAAAAAUAAAACAAAAUAUGUCAAUGAAAUAACGGAUAGUAAAAAAGCAAAAAGUAAUGAAAAUUCCAGUAUAAUUGAUUCAGCCAAUCAAGUAAUGAGUGACACUACCAAUUUUUCUUCAUUUGGAAGUACGACAAAAUUAAAAAAUAUUGAAAAAGAUAAAAAUCUAUUUACAGAUAAUACCCAUUUCACUACACUAAAAAAAGAAGAUUGUUCAAACAUAUUAAAAAGUAAUCUUAGUAUAUUUAUUGAACAAGUUCAAAAAGAAAAUGCAAGAUCAAAUUCUGAUCUAGAUUCUGAUGUUUCAAUAUUAUCAACAUGUUCUAAAUUAAGUAGAAAUCCAUUUAAUAUAAAACAAAAUGAUUCUUUUGAAAAUAAUAUUAUUAAAGAAACAUUUAAAACAAAAAGCGAUAUUUUAGAUACAUUUGAUUGUAAUACAAAUUUUAAAUUAAAGACGAAAAUGUCAUACGAAAAAAAUGAUUCAGAUAUAUCUCUCAAUUUUGAAUCAAUAAAUAUGCAAUCAUCAGAAUCUAAUAUAAGAAAAUAUGCUACAAGCUCAAUGAACAAAAGUAUAAGUAAUGCAAACGAGAAUCUACAAGAUGAAGCAAUACAUUCUAUAUCUGAAGAAAGUUUAAUAAAUGAAAAUAAAAAUGACAUAUCUUCAGAUUUUAAUACAUUUUCGGAUGAAGAUGAAAUAUCUAUAUAUUCAAAAUACAAAAAAGGACAUAAAAAUAAUAGUAUAGUAAAAUAUCGAAAUUUUGUACACAAACAUAUAAUAAAAAAUAAUGUGAUAGAUAAUAUAAUAUAUGAUGAAUACCAAAAUAAAAAUAAAAUGGAUAAUGAUAGUUUAUUAUUAAAUAUAGAUAAAGAUUCAGAAUGUGAAAUAAGUCCAACAGGAAAACAUAACAAUGAAAAUAAAAUAAAAGUAAUUCCCAAUUUUGAAGAGACUGAAAAAAUAUCUCAGCAAAAUUUGUGUAAUUUUACUAAUGAGUAUGUUACGUCUGAAAAAUACAAUUAUUUCUUUACUAAUGUUACAUCAUUAAAUACCCCAAAAAAUAUUUUUAAAGAUCAAAAGAUGAAUAAUUCUAAUAAGCUAAAAUAUAGUAAAUCAGAAAGUAAUAUCGAUUUACAAAAAAUUAAAAGUAAAUCAAGUACAGAUGAACAUAAUUCAGUAGAAACCUCAUUAGUAUCUUCCAGUCCUGAAUUAAGUAACAAUAUCUUAUACGUGCAUAAGUAUGAAGAAAAUAAAAAAAGUACAAGUAGUUUACAUUAUCAAAAUUUUGAAAAUAAUAGUUCUCAUAUUUCUGAGAAUGAUAUUUAUUUAGCAAAUGCUUAUAUUGAUGAGAGUGACGAUAACAUUAAUACUUUAUUAUUUACUAAAGAAGUAAAUCAAUUAGAGUUCAAGGAUAAUGAAAAAUCAUUAAGUAAAAAAAAAUACAGUAGAAAAUUUAAAAAGAAAUCAAUGUCAGAAACAAAUUUACAUAUUGGUACAAGACACAUUAAGGAGGAUAUAGUUGCAUCUUCCAAUAAUUCUCAGUGUAGAUGUAAUUAUAAGAAAAAUUUGAAAACAAUUGAGAUUAUUGAAGAUAAUGUUACUCCUCCUCCUAAUUAUAAUAGCAUGAAAACAUCUGAACUUCAGGCGGAAUUAAAUAAAUAUGGAUUGAAAAUACAGAAACGGAAAAGAGCAGUAAAAUUAUUAACAUAUAUUUAUAAUGAGUUACAUCCUACAAUUAAUAUAUCAUCAAAAAAUAUAGAAUCUGAAUUAACAGUAAUAAGUAGUGAAGAUGAUGAACCACCAAUGAAAAAAAGAAAUAGUAAAAAGAAUGAUACUGACUAUGCACGUAAUUACGAAUUUCAGUUAACACUUUCCCCUAUAAAUUAUAUUACAUAUACAAUUGUCGAAGGAAAACCAUUUUAUGAAUACGAAUUUAUUUCAGUAAUUGAUAAUGGAUCAAAUAUUAAAGAUAUGUUUUUAAAACUUUUAUUUAUUAAAACCGAAUUAUAUAAUCAAAUUUUGGCAUAUGAACCAAUAUGCAUUAAUUCUUUGCAUUUUAUGUUAAAGGCAGAAGGUUUAAAAUGCAAAAUGAAUGUACUUAUGGAUUUUUUAGAUGAACAGUGUAUUACAUUUUAUGUUCAAGAAGCAAAAUAAAAAAGAAUUAACUAAUUUCUAUAUAAAAAGUAUAUAC